UCAUAGGCCUAAAUCAUCAGCCGAGAAGAAGGUAAAGUUGAACCAGCUGCGAUGGAAGCUCUCUUCUCCCAACUCUCCGUCCUCGCCAACGACGCCCUCGACAACAAAGACUUCAACCCAUCGCGCAUCGAAGAGCUUCUCCAGCUCUUCGAGCUCGAGGCACGUGCCUCCUUGGCCGCCGCCGAGGCCGAGCACCUGAAAUCCGCCGGCAAAGCCGAAGCCGCCAUGAAAGAGGCCGAAAACGAACUCAAUUCCAUCCUCGAUGCCGCCACCGAAGACUUCCCCAGCUACUCCGCCAAGGUCGACAGCGCUGCCGGCGCCUCGGAGAACUACAUGGAGGCGGCGAUCGCCGCGGCCAUGGCUACCAUGAAGUCCACCUUUGCCAGCUCCAAGAUCCAGCCUUCGUAAUUGGUGUGAAUUUGCAGUUAAUAAAGAUCUCAAAUUGGUGUUUGCGGUUGAAAUUUAUCGUCUUUUUGUAUGUUGCUGUGGUGAUGGAUCGAAUAAUGGAUCAGUGAUCAUUAAUCUCGAUUUGUUGUUUGGUUUUUAUAAAACUGUGUGAGGCAAAUGAAAUAAAGGAGAUUUGAUAUUUUAGAAACCAUUACGUAAUCAAAACGUCUGUUUGUGUGAUUGCAGAUU